AUAAUUAAAAUUAAUUGUAUUUGCAUUGCCGCACAUAAAACAAAACAAAGAUUUUUAAAAUUUUGUUCUUAAAGAAUACAAUUUCAUCAUGUCCGAAACCGAAACUGAAAAGCCUAAAAAAAAUCAAAUAACGGACGAGGAGCGCCUGGAACUUGCUGCUAAAUUGGACCAAGAACUAGAUGAUUUUAUCGAAGGACUUGAAAAGAAAAGAUAUACCGAAGGUUGGCCAGAAGAUCGCUGGCAAGAGGAAAUGGAUAAACAUCCAUUUUUCAUGAAAAAACCACCUCAACCAGGUGAUGAAGUUCAUCCACUUUUCGAAGGUCUUCAAAAGCUUAAAUAUGAUCCUGAUGAGAACACUGCCGAAGAUUUGGCAUUAAGUUACAAAGAAGAUGGAAACUUUUAUGUUAAGCACAAGAAAUUCCGGAUGGGUGUCUAUAGCUAUACUGAAGGGCUCAAAGCUAAGUGCGACAAUCCCGAAGUUCUGGCUACUCUCUAUAACAAUAGGAGUGCAUCGCACUUUUUCUUGAAAAAUUACAGAUCUGCGCUUUCAGACGCCGAAAAAGCACUAGAAUACAAACCAAACUAUUCAAAGUGCAGAUGGAGAGCUGCUCAAAGUGCAUUCUUUAUAAGCAAAUUUGAUGUCUGUAAACAACUCUGUGAAGAAAUACUAGAAGAGGAUCCCAAAAAUACCGCAGCAAAAGAACUUAUUUCACAGACAAAAACUAAAAUGCAAGAAGCAGAACGUAACGAACGAAAAGCAGCUGCAGAAGCUAAGAAAAAACUGACUCGAUUCCAUCGUACUAUUGACGCUAUUAAGGAUCGCGGAGUCAAAUUUGAUGACAUGAAACCUAAUACGCGUCUGACGGAAGAAUUACUUCGCCCAAAGUUUUUGCCUUUGGAAGACUUUCCUGUUCACCUGGAUGAGGAUAACAUCCUCAUAUGGCCAGCAGCAUUCUCUUAUCCUGAGUUUAUGUUUAGCGACUUUCAACAAAAUCUAAAUGAAGACGCUCUAAUGGAGGAUGUAAUUGUGACAAUGUUUUCGGAACCACUUCCAUGUGACAAGGACGGAAAGUAUAAACCAGGAAAAAUAAGCGUUUAUUUUGAGAAUAGGAAAGCAGCAAGUGUGAUUAAAGUUGAUUUAUCGAAAAGCAUAAAAGAAAUAGUGAGCUCAAAAAAUUUUUAUGUGAGUGGAGGAUCUUUACUAUUCUUUGUGGUACCAACUGACACACAAAUUGAAAAGGAAUUUAUUAACGAAACCAGAAGGCCAAUGGUUUAUACAUAACGUGAAACUUAAUUUAACAACUAUUGGUUUGACUAGCCCAUUUGUAAAUAAAGAAUUAAAAUUGACUCUGGCCUAGCAUUUGUAUUUAGGCUUGAAAGUCAUAAUAAGUAAAAAAAAAAAGUCUUUUUCUUCAAAAAUGUUCAGUUUGAAACAAACAUUUUCAAUUAUACAAGCUUAUAAUAUUUAUAAUUGUUUAAAGCUAAUACACGUUAAGCAUAUGGCUUUACAAUGGUAAUUUUUGUAAAAUUAAUUUAAAUGGUUGCAUCUGCAAUGUCUUGCAUUUCGUAAGAUCUUAUUUGCAAGCUUUAAAAUCUUUUCCGAAAUGUUUAUGUCAUCUAGUUUUUGCUCCAGCUUCAUUGAAAAUAAAAAAUUUCCACAAA